AUGGGCACGCUCGAGGGACCCGGCGGCGCCGCCGCCGGCGGGCGGCGGAGGUGGCGGUGGUGGUUCGUGGUGGGCCUGAACGUCUUCUUCCUCCUCGCCGGGCAGACCGCCGCCACCCUCCUGGGGAGAUUCUACUACGAUCAGGGAGGAAACAGCAAGUGGAUGGCCACCCUCGUCCAAUCCGCUGGCUUCCCCAUCCUCCUCUUCGCCUACAUCUUCUUCCCCUCCUCCUCCUCCUCCUCCUCCGGCGGGUCCCCCGGGGGCGCCGCCGCCCGCCGCCCGCCGGCGGCGCUCCUCGCGGCCGUGUACCUCUCCAUCGGCCUCCUCGUCGCCGGCGACAACCUGAUGUACUCCUACGGGCUCCUCUACCUCCCCGUCUCCACCUACUCGCUCAUCUGCGCCACCCAGCUGGCCUUCAACGCCGUCCUCUCCCGCCUCAUCAACUCCCAGAAGUUCACCCACCUCAUCCUCAACUCCGUCCUCCUCCUCACCUUCUCCGCCGCCCUGCUCGGCGUCCGCGGCGGCGCCGCCGAUGACUCCUCCUCCUCCGCCAUCCCCAAGGGGAAGUACGCCCUCGGUUUCAUCCUCACGCUGGGGGCGUCUGCGACGUACGCGCUGAUCCUGUCCCUGAUGCAGCUGGCCUUCGAGAGGGUCAUCAAGAGGGCGACUUUUCGGGUGGUUCUGGAGAUGCAGAUCUUUACGUCGGCGGUGGCGGCGGGGGCCUCCGCCGCCGGGCUGCUGGGCUCCGGCGAGUGGAGGUCCCUGGCCGGCGAGGCGGCGGCGUACGGGAAAGGGGAGGCGUCCUACGCCAUGACGCUGGCGGGGACGGCGGUGGCGUGGCAGGUGGCGUCGGUGGGGGUGGUGGGACUGGUCUUCCUGGUCUCGUCCCUCUUCUCCAACGUGAUCAGCGCCGUGGCGCUGCCGCUGGUGCCCAUCUUCGCCGUUUUCUUCUUCGGCGACCCCAUGGACGGAGAGAAGGUGCUGGCCAUGCUGCUCGCCGUCUGGGGAUCCGCCUCCUACGUCUACCAGAACUACCUCGACGUCCAAAAGGUCAAGAAGGCUCUCAACGACGACCCCGAGGCCCCAGCGGUGGCGGUGGCCGUGACGGCGCCGCCGCCACCUCCUCCGCCGCCGUGA